AUGAUAAAAUCAUAAACUUCUAGUAUAAAGAAUAAUUUAGGAGGUUCAAAAAGAUAUAUAUCUCCUUAUGAGAGACAUGAAAAUCAAGAUGGUGAUUUUGUAAGAAUAAUUAAUUUAAGUUAAAAUAGAUACAGGUUGAAUAAUAAAUAGGUAAUCAAACAAAAUCUAGAAUGAUAAAUCCAGAGAAUUCAGAAUAAGUUAGUGUGAUUGGUGAAAAUAAUAUUAAACUAUCUAAUUUGAGUCAUUUUGCAUAAUACAUGUAUGUUCCUUGUUUAAUUCACCCUAAUUUUUUUAUAACAUCUUUAUGUUAAGAAUAAGUAUAAAUAAUCUUAAUUAGAAUUGCGUAGAGCCAUUAUGUGCUGAAUGUAUAACAAAUCAUUUAGAAUUUCAUCGAAAAAAGGGAAGAGUGCCUUAAUUUGAGAAUAUUUUAAAUUUAAGAAAAGAGACAAGUUACAAGAUAGAUGAUCUAAUAAAAAAUUUAUAAACAAAGUUAAAGGAAGCUAAGACUUCUAUAAAUAAUUAAACAACUUAAAUGAUGUAUAAUGAUGCAUAUGAGUAAAUUAAAUUAAUACAUGGUUAAAUAUAGGAUAUGAUAAAUGAUCAUUUUCAAAAUCUAUAUAAAUAAUUAAAUGAAUGGAAUUAAAAUGAGUAAUCAAAAUAAUUAAAUUUCCUUGAGGAAGAGAUAAAUCAAUAAUAGAAUGAAUUAUUACAAUUGUAAGAAGAAUUACAUAAUGAAAAUUAUGUAAAAGCUAUUACUUAAAUAUGCAAAAAUAAAGAUAAGAUAUAUAAUGAAAAGAAUAUAUUUAAAUUGGAUUUAAUAAUUUAGGAUUAAAAAUAAAGUAAAGUGGAAGUUAUUUUAGAAAAAAAUAAUUUAGAAUUGUUUUAAAUUUAUUGUAAAAAGCUUUGUUAUUUGACAAAGAAUAAAACAUAGUAAUCUAUUUCUCAGAUAAAAUAAUCUUCAUAAAUUUCUUAAUAAUUAUAAUCUUAAAAGGUAAAGUAAAUAUAGGAAUUAGAUUAAAAAUCAAAAUAAUCUUCAUUGAUUUUAUCUAAAUUAGUAUCAGCAGAUAUUCCUCCUAUAGUGAAUCCAACAUCUUUGAUUUCUGAGAAAUUAACUAAUGAUACAGCUAAAUGUAACUUUAAUACUGAAAAUCAUUUUGAAGAUGGAAAAGAUUAAAUUAUUGUAAGAUUAGAAGAAGGUGGAUCGACUGCAUAUAUUUAUGAUAUUUAAACAUAAAAAUAUAGAAUAGAAACAAUAAAUAGUACUAUUAAAAUACCUAUGUGUCAUAAAUUAUAUACAACAACAUUUGGUAAGCAUUUAAUAAUAGGUGGUGUUGAUAAAGAAAAGUCUAGAUUCAAAGCUAUUCCACAUGUAUAUGAAUUUAAUCACAAUACUCUUUAAUUAAAUCUUCAUUCAGAAAUGAUUUUAGCUAGAUCAUUAACAUCAGCAUGUUAAGUAGAUAAUUUCUUAUAUGUUGUUGGUGGGUCUUCAACAAAUGAUGAAAAUACUGCUAUGGCUAAAGCAGAAAAAUUAGAUCUUACUACAAGGAAAUGGUAUACAAUUGAAGAUCCUUUUUAUAAAACAUCUGGAUGCUCUUUGAUUCCAAUUAAUCAUAAUACAAUAUUUAAAUUAGGUGGAAAAUCUGAUAUUUUUACACCUUCUAAUACAGUUGAAUCAUAUGAUAUUCAAAAGAAUCUAUGGGUAAACUUUAUUCUAUUUUUAUUAGACUAAUAUUGAUUUUAAAUUUCUAUCAUAAGGAUAUCUAAGAUUACCAUUUUAAAGUUGUGCUAUUAAUAUUUCGAAUGAUCAAAUUCUUAUCAUUGGAGGUUCAAUUCAUGAUGUAAGAACUGAUGAGACUUAAGUAAAUAAAUUUAUAUAUUGAUAGAUUUUUAAUGUAAAAAACAAAACAAUUCAAAAAUCAUCUCAAUUACCAAGCUCAAUUGAAUUUCCUACAUAAACAGCUAUAAUUUAAUCUAAUACCAUAUUUAUUUUAACUGAUAAUGAGUAGCCUCUAUUAAUUGGUAAUUCAGAUGGAUUUAAAUAUUAAUGA